AUGCUACGCGCCAUAUUCCGCAGGAAUACCCGCAUUGCCUUGCGCUGCCAACAUUUCUCCACGUCGCGACCACAUCAUGAGAUCAAAGACAUCGGCUCUUUGUCCCAGCGCCUGAUACCGAAAUACCAAGAAUCCUGUGAUGGAGAGCUCUUGUGCCUCCAGUGGCCAGCACCGCCGCGGAAUAUCUUCCUGGUGCGCAAAGACUGCGCCCCAGCAGUUACUGACUCUCUGAUUGAACUAGUCAAUCACAUUUCCUCUACAUACCCAUCUAUCGCGGUGAUUCUCGAAUCAAAGACCGCCGCCGAAGUACAUUCAUCGCUUUCUUUUCCUGUUUAUUCGGUUUCUCUCGACGAGAAGACCACUGCGCUUCACAAUAAGGUUGACCUCACAGUGACCUUGGGUGGUGAUGGCACAAUUCUACAUGCAGCCUCGCUCUUCGCGACCUGUUCAAACGUCCCACCCGUGCUAUCAUUCAGUAUGGGCACAUUGGGCUUUUUGAGCGAGUGGAAAUUCUCGGAGUUCAAACGGGCUUUCCGAGAGGUCUACAUGUCCGGAGCCGGAGCAGGAGACCGCACGCCUGUAUUGGAAAGUCCUCCGGGGGCGGCCCUCACAGAACAAGAACUCGAAAUGGGUCCGACCGGGUGGUCCUCCGUUCGGGGGAAGUCUAUGGGGUCUACACGCGGGGCGCGUAUUCUAAUGCGCAAUCGGUUGAAGGUAGGACUGUUUACAGCGGACGGAACCGAAACGACCCCUAUCCGGACCAAAACCGAUCAGGGCCAGGGAGUAUACGUGAUGAACGAGCUCCUCAUCCACCGCGGCAAGGAACCACAUCUGGCGGUGGUAGAUGUGUUUGUGGGGGGACGGUUCUUGACCGAGGCUGUGGCAGAUGGAAUCAUCAUUUCGACGCCGACUGGGAGUACGGCCUACAGCCUGAGCAGCGGGGGCAGCAUUGUGCAUCCAUUAGUCCCGUCCAUCCUGUUGACGCCGAUUUGCGCGCGUAGCCUCAGUUUCCGACCACUGGUCCUUCCUUCCAGCACGCCUAUCACGCUGCGGUUGAGCGAAAAGAACCGCGGGCGCGAACUGGAAGUCAGUCUAGACGGCGUCAAUUUGGGCCAAGGGAUGGCAGUUGGCAUGGAAGUCCGCGUGUGGAAUGAGGAGAUGCGGCAUGGCAAGAAUGAGUGGCAGGGUGGUGUCCCUAGCGUCAUGCGGAGAAGUGUCGGCUGCGAAGCACACGAGGGCUGGUAUGUACCCAUCUCAUCUCUGUCCGAGUCUUGUAACUUCCAACUCACCUUUCACAGCAACAUGUACUCGCCGGAUCAGUUCAUGAACCCGGGGCCAGCUCCCCGCCCCCCUACCGAUCGACCCCCCAAGUUGACCCUGCCCACCAACAACACAACCUCCUCUUUCGGUCAGAUGAGCUUGGACUCACCUCACACCCCGGGCCCAGCGGCCGCCAACCUUUCGCUUUUCCCCAACACUAGCAGUCCCUCCUUGGCGAUGAAUCGGAGCAACACUAGCCAAAAUGGAGUCUCAGUCAUCAAAGAAGGCACUGUUCGCUGCAAAGAAGACAAAUUCUUGGCAACUUGGAAUACACGCUACUUGAUCUUGCGCGAGUAUAAACUCGAAUUCCUGAAGAGCGAUAACGGCAAGGUCGUAAUUACAUUCCCUCUGUCCACGGUGACCGCCGUGGCUCGCUCCGAGGACUCCAAGAUGGCCUUCGAGGUCACUCGCCUAGCCAAUCCGAAAGACGCGAACUCCAAAGCCGCUCUCUUGGCCCGCGACCUACCAACCAAGACGAUCACCUGCGAAGUCAAAUCCGACGAUGAAAUCUAUGAGUGGAUCGACAAGAUCUACGAGCGCUGCCCAGGUAUGGGCGGUGUUAGUAACCCGACUAACUUCAGUCACCGUGUUCACGUCGGCUUUGAUCCAAAUUCGGGUGCCUUUGUGGGCCUGCCUCCAGAGUGGGAGAAACUGCUCACAUCUUCAGCUAUCACGAAGGAGGACUACAAAAAGAAUCCUCAGGCGGUUAUCGAGGUUCUUGAAUUCUACUCAGAUAUCAAGAUGCGCGAGCAGAACCCGCAAUACAACCCUUCGGGCACUAGCCCUAACGGCCAACCCAAGGCAUAUGGUACUAGUAUGGGAAGCUCCAUUGCGCCCCCACGCCCUCCCCCGCCAGGACCCAUGCAGCGCCUCGAUAGUAGUCAGUCUAAACAAUCUGACAAUUCUCUGCGUUCUGCAUCCUCAUCGGCUGGCCAGUCGGACCGUGUGCUAGAUCACCAGCAUCAAGCCGAACAGAUGAAAUCUCUAGCCGAACAAGAGCGUCGCCGUGUGGAGGAAGAGGCUCGUCGCAACAAGGAGGAGCAGGAUGCUUACAAUGCAUCCAUCCCGAAGACCCGUACUCCUAUGGCCCAGCAGGAGCUCGGAGGAUAUGGCGGCGAAGAUCCGUCACAAAAUAGCCGAUAUCAACCAAGCCGCCCGGCUCCUCAGGCUCCAGGUUCUGCUGCUCGUCAGCAGGACCCACGGCAGCUCACCGCACAGCGUCCCGCACCAGCACCGCCCACGCAGAGUCCCUAUGGCCAGGGCGCGCCGCGAGCACCGGGUGCUUCGCGGACUGAUGAUCGCCAGGGCUCACCAAGUUCCCAGCCUCGAGCCCCAGGCUCGGCAAACCGUCCUCAGCAAAAUGGUUCUAAAGGACAGGCUGGUCCCCCUCCGACACGCCUGCCGGCCCCUGUUCAGGCCGUGAAGCCACUGAACAUUGCUAACAAGCAAAACGCAAGCAAGCAGAACGUCCCCGAUAGUGUUCGCAAGGCCGAGGCCGCCCUGACCAAGAAGCCCGAUCAGCCACGCCAGAAGGAGGUGCGCAUGUCUGGCAUGACAGAAAACGAGGUCAUGGAUCGACUGAGAGCUGUCGUGUCCAAAGACAACCCAAAUGAGUCGUACAGCAAACAGCGCAAGAUUGGACAGGGUGCAUCUGGAUCCGUAUAUGUGGCGCGCGUAAAGGAAGGCGCAACUUCCGGUGUCGCCCACGAGCUCUACCGGACGUACGGCGCCCGCUGCCAGGUAGCCAUCAAGCAGAUGGACCUGCGCAGCCAACCCCGUAAGGAGUUGAUCGUCAACGAAAUCAUUGUCAUGAAGGACAGUCAGCACCCGAACAUUGUUAACUUCCUCGACUCGUUCUUGCAGGAAUCAAGCAAUGAACUCUGGGUUGUUAUGGAGUUCAUGGAGGGUGGUGCGUUAACUGAUGUGAUUGACAACAAUCCAGUAAUUACUGAACAUCAGAUCGCAACAAUUUGUUCUGAGACUUGCAAGGGUUUGGCCCAUCUGCACAGCCAGAACAUCAUUCACCGUGAUAUCAAGAGUGAUAACGUCCUCCUCGACCGCGUCGGCCACGUCAAGAUCACCGAUUUCGGCUUCUGCGCUAAACUUACCGAACACAAGAACAAGCGCGCCACCAUGGUCGGUACCCCGUACUGGAUGGCUCCAGAAGUGGUGAAGCAGAAGGAGUACGGCCCGAAGGUGGACUGUUGGUCACUGGGCAUCAUGGCCAUCGAAAUGAUCGAGUCCGAGCCCCCCUACCUGAACGAAGAGCCUCUCAAGGCCCUUUAUCUCAUUGCCACCAACGGAACUCCCCGCCUCAAGAAGCCUGAAAAGCUCACGAGGGAACUCAAGGCUUUCCUGAGCGUCUGCCUCUGCGUCGAUGUUCACAGCCGUGCUACUGCCGACGAGCUCCUUGCUCAUGAGUUCCUCCAGUCCGGGUGCAGCUUAGCUAGUCUAGCUGAGCUGCUCCGCUGGAAGAAGGCUUCUGGCCAGUAA